AUGGCCCCACAGCGGGUGAUGGUGACGGUGGUGGGGCUGCUCCGGGACCCGGCUUUCCACGUGGCCAAGUGCACGGCAGAGGCUCUGAAGCUGAAGUUUCCCAGCAAGUUUGCAGAUCCUGUAAUACAGCCUUUAGUAGAGUUUGCAUGGCAUGAAUAUUUACAGGAGAAAAAGAAGGAGCUGAGAGGUGAGGUGUGGGCGUACGCCUCCUCGGUGAUGUGCUUCAUUGACGGCCAGCUGCUGGGGGAUGAGAAGGAGCUGCUCAAGUGGUCUCACCGCGAGUGGGACUAUCGCGACUUCAAGCCUGAGGCACUUUACCAAGCGAUUACUGAGGACUUCUACAGCAAAUAUCUGAAAAACAGCCAGCACGUGUUUGUGUACCUGGAGAUAGCCAUUGAGGAACAGCCCGUCGGGAGGCUGCUCUUUGAGCUCUUUUCAGACCUGUGUCCCAGGACCUGUGAGAAUUUCCGUGCCCUGUGCACUGGAGGAGCAAAGUCCCCCCGCGACGGCCGAGAACUCACCUACAAAAACUCCCUUUUUCAUCGCCUCGUGAAAAACGGGUGGAUCCAAGGAGGAGACAUCAUCACUGGGAAGGGAGACGGAGGAGAGUCCAUUUACGGUCCCACCUUUGAAGACGCCGAAGAACCUGCUCGCGAGGCGAAGCCAUUCCCACCUCGAGGCCCUGGGACGGACGGAGCAAAACCCGGCCCGCGGCGCUGCCCGGCCGAGCCGCAGCACUGGCAACUGAUCGAGGGCACAGAGGUCCUCCAGAGACUGGAAGUCGUACCUACAUAUAAUGAAAGGCCUACAGUAGCCUGCAAGAUUGUUAACUGUGGGACCUUCGAGCCGUGA